AUGAGUUCUGUUACUUGUAUGCUGAAGAUCACCGAUAACUACGAAAAAGAUAUUCAGGAAAGAUGCACUACGGCCACUUCCACAUUUAGCUCCUUAACGAAAUGCCUGUGUUCGACGCCUAACGCCAGUGAAGUCAAGUUGCGAGUCUACCUAUUCGCAGUUCGGGCCAUCAUGAUGUACGGAUCGGAGAUGGUCGAGACGGAAACGAAGCCAGUUAGACGGCUGCUCGGCUGCGUUUGGCCUAGAGUGUGUCAGAAUGAAGAUCUUUACGAGGAAAUCGAUGUGGUGUACCUGCGGAAAGCACAUGGAAGUUAUCAACAUUCAUAUUAA